CCUCGAGUCUCGAACAAAGACCCAUUCUCUUCUGUUUUGUAAUAAAUACAUUUUAAGAUCAUACUGGUUAUUAAAAUACUGAGAUAAUUACAAGUUUUAACCCUACAUUACACUACAUAAUCUUUGUUUCUCUUUCUAUUUAAAUUUAUUGAUGGAAGAGGGAACUGGUUUUCCUCAAGGGCGGCCAAACGGAAAAUACGGCGAUGGAGGUGAGCGAGUGCCGUCAAGGUUGAAGUCGGAGCUGAGAUUCUCUGGCGGGGGUAGUAGUGGUCAUCAAGAACAUAACUCGGAGGUGGAAGCGCCUUUGGCCGCUAUAAACUGUGUUGCAUCGACGAGUAUGAGUUUUGGAAAUGAUCAUAACAGUUGGGAUAACUCGUCUUCUCAAAUCAGUUUCACCAUUGAUGAACCCGGAAAACGGUCCAAGACCACCGACUUUUUCACCUUAGAAACUCAGUUUAGCAUGCCACAAACGUCAAUGGAGAUGAGUAUGAUAAACAUCCCAGAGGAUUCGGUGCCUUGGAAGGUUAGGGCCAAGCGUGGCUGUGCUACUCACCCGCGCAGCAUCGCUGAAAGGGAGAGAAGAACGAGAAUAAGUGGGAAGCUGAAGAAGCUACAAGAACUUGUGCCCAAUAUGGACAAGCAAACGAGCUAUGCAGACAUGUUGGAUUUGGCUGUUGAGCAUAUCAAAGGUCUUCAACACCAUAUAGAGUCACUGGAAAAGGGGAUGGAGAGAUGCACUUGCGGGGCAUGCAAGAAGCAAUGAUGAAUUAUAUGAUAUGUUGCCAAACAUGAUCCAAGAUGGUAUAGAAGAAAAAGAGACUAAGUGAAUCAAUUCAAAGACGGAAAGAACAAAAAAAAAAAGAUUUUAAUUAUAUUUGUGAUUUUUGGUGGUAAAGAAAGGGAUGGUGAUCAAUUCUUGAAGACUGGCUUUAACACAUUCUCGCAGUCUUCACCACAAUGAUCACUUAUAUUAACUUAAACUAAUUCGAUCAAUCAAUAAGAAAAUGUGUACACGAUCUCAAAUUUACCAAUA